AUGCAGAACCCCCGCAAGAGAAAGCAACCGCCAAAGCAGUUGAAGCCCCAAAGUGAACCCAAAUCGUCGAAACUCACCAAGGAGCAACAAGAGCCAUACCCGACUCACCUUCGGCCCACCCCUGGAGAUUGCCGCGCCAUUCGAGACUCUCUCCUUGCUCACCAUGGCUUCCCCCCGGAGUUCACCAAGUAUCGUCGGGGGAGACCAAGUCUGCGCCCAGAUGACGAUGACGAUGACGACAAGUCCAUAAACAGCUUGGAAAAAUCGGUUGCAUCGUUGGACAGUGAGGAAGUGGAAGAGAGCGUUUUGGAUGGUCUGGUGAAAAUGGUGCUCUCUCAGAAUACUACUGAGGUUAAUUCUCUAAGAGCAUUCUCCAAUCUCAAAUCUGCUUUCCCCUCCUGGGAAGAUGUGCUUGCUGCUGAACCAAAGUCCGUGGAGAAUUCUAUAAGGUGUGGAGGUCUAGCCCCAAGGAAGACUUCCUGCAUUAUGAACUUACUGAGCUGUUUGCAGGAGAGAAAGGGCAAAUUGUGCUUGGAAUAUUUGCGGAAUCUAUCAGUUGACGAAGUUAAAGCUGAGCUCUCCCUUUUUAAAGGAAUUGGCCCCAAAACUGUAGCUUGUGUUCUAAUGUUUAAUCUUCAGCACGAUGACUUCCCAGUGGACACACAUGUGUUUGAGAUUGCAAAGGCCAUUGGCUGGGUACCAGGUGAGGCAGACCGGAAUAAGACGUAUGUUCAUCUUAAUCAUAGGAUCCCUGAUGAGCUCAAAUUCGAUCUGAAUUGUCUUCUAUACACACACGCCGCAGCUGACAAGUGA